AUGCGAUGCUCAGAGGUACAACUGGAUGCGACUCCUCACCCCCGAACAGAAGAAGGCCUUCUGUUCGAGGUCGUGGUGGUGGAUCUGGAGUUCGUGCAGGAAGCUUUGGCCGUUUGGGUGGAGGAUGCUGUCCAGUACCAUGACCUCAACCGUGACAAGAAAGUGUCGUUAGAAGAGCUGUCGUACAACUUCCUGCACUGGAGCAUCGUCCAGGCACGUGCAAAUUCGGUCCGCCGGCUGAACGGACAGAAGAAAAGCAAAGCGUGGGCGCAGGAGAUGAUCAAGCAAGAGCAGGCUUAUCUCGGAAAGUACUUCUGCGAGGACCCUGCCGCCUGUCCCAUCUUGAAGGAGCUCGAAAGCUAUGGCCAGCAGCUGUUAUCGUCGCCGAAGGCUGCACAGGCGGUGUAUCGCAAAGUGCGUGGCAUGAUGGAAGGCGAAGAGGGCGACGAGGUGAUCAAUAUGGUGUCCCGGGAUUCCGGCAAGCAGGAGGCCGUCCGAGCCUCUGAGCUUCGCCGCUCAGAGCUUUAG